AUGGCGGACGCGAUCUUCUCCAAAGGCGAGCAAUGCCAGCAAGACUGGUCCUCGGCGAACGCCGACUACAACAGCGCGGACACGCACCUGGAGAUCAUGGGCAAGCCUGUCAUGGAACGCUGGGAGACUCCCUUCAUGCACAAGCUUGCGAGCAUCGCAGCCUCGAAAGGGGGACGGGUUCUCGAAAUAGGUUUCGGGCUCGCCAUUGCUGCAUCUAAAGUACAGGAGUUCCCCGCCGUCCAGGAGCACGUAAUUGUGGAAUGCAAUGACGGAGUCUUCGCCAGACUGGAGGAGUGGGCCAGGAACGCAAAACGAAAGGUGGUCCCGCUCAAAGGAAUGUGGCAAGAGGUCAUUCCGGGGCUACCCGACGGGACCUUUGACGGGAUUCUCUACGAUACGUAUCCACUCUCGGAAGACGCGUGGCAUACGCACCAGUUCGAGUUUAUACGCAGCCAUGCGAACCGGCUCCUCAAGCCGGGCGGUGUCCUCACCUACUGCAACCUGACUUCAUGGGGCGAGUUCAUGAUGGGGCAAUACACCGAUAUAGAAGUCAUGUUUCGAGAAACGCAGAUAAAGCAUUUGGUUGAAUCAGGUUUCAAAGAAAGCAACAUUACUACCGAGGUCAUGGAUAUUCAACCACCCGAGUCUUGCCGUUAUUACAGCUUUGGAAAGAUGAUUGCACCCACUGUGGUCAAAGGGGAGUAG